AUGGAUUUUUUAGAAUUUCUUUAUGAUGGAGAAGAUGAUGGUUCUGGUACUGGGGUAUACUUAUUUAUUCGUUUUAAUGAUUUUAUUUUCAUGAAUGAUAAUAUAAUAAGGUAUAUAUUUAUAAUUUUUAGAUUUACUAUAUUUAUAUCCGGGAUGAUGGCUAAUUUUGAGAUAAAUAUUUAAAAAAUUAUUGCUUUAUCAACUUUGAGUCAAUUAGGGUUUAUAAUAAGUAUUUUAAGAAUAGGUUACGUUGAGUUGGGGUUUUUUCAUAUAUUAAUUCAUGCUUUUUUUAAAUCUUUAAUAUUUAUAUGUGUUGGGAGAUUUAUUCAUAGAAAUAUAAAUUCUUAGGAUUUACGAUUGUUAAGGGGUUUGUUAUAUUUGUAUCCAAUAAAAUCAGUUGUUAUAAUUAUUUCUAUUCUGAAUUUAUGUGGAUUUCCUUUUUUAUCAGGGUUUUAUUCAAAAGAUUUAAUUUUGGAGUUUUAUCUAAUUAAUAAGAUAAGUAUUAUGGGGGUUGUAUUAAUAUAUUUAGCUACUAUUUUUACUAUUAGAUAUUCAAUUCGAAUAAUUAUAAUUUUAGUUAACAUAAAUAAAANUUUUUAUUUUUAA